AUGGGCAAUAUAAGCGAAAUUGUCUUGUUCGAUUUUGUUGCAGCUUUUCCAUGCUGGUUUUAAUGAAAUUUUAGUUUUUUGGAGCUCGAUACGAUUCGAUUGGAGCACUGCGAGAUCACGUUACUUCUUGCGUUGCCAACAACUAUUUUUAGAUCCACAAGGUUCGCGUGUUUUUGAACUUCUACGCGUGUUCUUCGAGGAUACAGCGCUCAAAGAUGGUGCAAAAUACGUACCUUUAACGUUGAUUUCUUUGCGGGAGUGCAUUACGAUUUGCCGGCCUAUCUUUUUAAGCAAAAAAUGUAAAAAUCCCUUUCACCGGAGGCACUUGUUGAUUUGGAUCUUAUUUUAAAAGGACGCGCGUGCACCUCCCGGUAUAGUCACCUUGGCUAAAAGAAGAAGCUUUCAUGUUUGUUUGUUUAAUAGCCGUUCGCACUAAAUACUGCCACUUAAAACACGCGAAGAUAGUUCUCCUUUAUCAGUCUGUUUAAUUUGUGAAACCCGCAGAAACAUUCAUCAAGUGGUUUAAAUCCAUACGGCCAGCGGAAGCAAUAGGAUUCAGGCACGAUUUGCGCCACUAAAGCCACCACCUGCGCCCUCCCCACAACAGCUACAGCGACGCGCUCCAGCGCGUUAAUUGAUUGUGCCUCUCAUAAUUGGAUUUAGCAGCAACGGGCGAUCGUUUCCAACCGUUCAUUAGACACACCCACCCACCCACUAGCUAACGAGCAGUAUGGCCACGCUGGACGAUAAGUUGCUGGGCGAGAAAGUGCACAAUUAUUGCAGCAGCAGCGAGGAUGAGGAUCAAGAGGAAGCGACCGGCGAUGGAGGAGGCGAGGAAGGGGAUUCGAGUGAGCAACGAUCCGCAGAUGAUCGUCGUGGUAAGGCAUCGUCGCAUCGGAUGAACAAAAUCAAACCCGUCCGGGAAGAGGAAUCACUCCAACACAAAACGCACUGGUCGGGGACGGCCGGUAAUACGGGACCGAAGGGAGUGAUACAGGAUUGGCAGCGGUUCAAGCAACUGGAGGCGGAACGGCGUGAGCAGGAUGAGGCGGAAAAGUUGGGGCUACUGAAGAAGCUGAGCAUCACGGCCCAGACGAAGGAGGAGGACGAGAAGGCGGCCGCGAUGAGCGAGCUGGAUGCCGAGUUUGAGGAGCUGAUGGAAGAGGGCUUUCUGCUCGAGUACCAGCGGAAGCGGAUGGCCGAGAUGCUGGCACUGAUGGAGCGGAAGGGCCGGUACGGUGAACUGAUCGAUUUGAAGACUGGUGAUGACUUUCUGCAAGCGAUCGACAAGGAAAACAAGAACACGACCGUCGUAGUACACAUCUAUCGCGAAAAAUACGGUCCGUGCACGAAGAUGAACGACGCGCUGAAGCAGCUGGCGAAGGAGUACCUGAACGUGAAGUUCUGCAAGUUCAUCUGCACCGAUGCCGGGUUGAGCAACAUGUUCAAGGUUUCCGGUGUGCCCGCCCUGCUCAUCUACAAGGGAGGCCAAAUGAUCGGUAACUUUGUGAAGCUGGUGGACGAUCUGAGCGAUGAGUUCGAUUACAGCGACGUGGAGAGCUUCCUGGUAGAGAACGGUAUCAUCAACGAUAAGUCGUGCAAUCCGGCAAUCGUACAACAGCAGCAGCAGCAGCAGUAGAGGUAGCCAGUAGUGAGGCUAGAUGGACGGAUGCAAGGGAGUCGGAUCUCAUUUUACUUAAAAUCGAGCAUUUGAGCCAAGUAUAUUAUUUGAACCACGAUCGUCCCAGAGAAAGAGAGGCCGCAUUUUUGCUUUCCACAUCAUCUGCUUAAUAGCUUUAGUUUCUAAGCUCUACACUACUACACGAUCGAGGCGAUGCAGGCCUGGCGUUGCUUCGUGUUUUGGAACAGGGCACGGACCAAGUGCUUCACUUCUUCCGCGCUGAAGCACAUCGUUAGCGGGCCCUUUCCUUCGGCCCACUGUUCGGUGAUUUCCACCAGCGAACCGCACAGUAUCUGUCGUAGCUGCAUCAGCUUGGUCCACUGUUUCACCAACUGAUGUACCUCGCUGGGUUCCUGAGUAUGAGACAAACAAAAUAUUCAUAAUUAGGAUACGUAUACGUAUUAUCGAUGCAAUAAACAUGACCUUUAUCAGAAAAAA